AUGAAAAAGAAGAAGACAUGCCCGCGCCCCACCGAUGUCCAACCCCGAGCUCCCCAAUACCCGCAUCCUCCCCGGGUAUCCCCCAAAACCUGCCACCUCCGUCUCCGCCCAGUCUCGCGAGCCGAUGGGGUGGGGCUGCCCGGCGGGGGAGGGGCGGCGGCCGCGGAGGAAAGGGGGAGGGGAGCGGAGGAGGUGGUCCUCGGCGCCUCACCUUCCAGUCCCACCUCCCUGCCUGGGGGCGCUUCGCCCGGCUGCAGGCUCCGCCCGGGCCGAGACGCUGGAGGCAGCGAGCUCCGCAGGGGCCAGACGCUCCAACGCCGGCCGAGUCGAGCAGGCGCCCACGGUGCCUCCAGUUCCCGGCGGCUGCGGCCGCUGCUGCUGCUGCUGCUGCUGCUGCUCCGGCGGCUACGGCCGCUGCUUCGCCUCCGCCACCACCUCCGAGGCUGCUGUCGCUGUCGCCACCGCCGCCGCCGCCACAACCAGUGCACAGCCCAGGCGCCUGCCUACGUCACCGCGACCCGCCCAGUUCGCCCGGCGGUGAGGCGUAGGGCACCCCUCCCCUCCCAGUCUUCCUCCUCCUUCCACCCCACCUCCGCCCCUCUGCUUCCCCUUCGGCCAACGCGGACCUUCCCAGGUCUCGCUGGAGCUCUUGCUGCCCGCGCGCGCGCACCGGCGGCUCCCUGCCCCUCCCGCCGGCUCCCGGGAUCCUUCCAGGGCAAGGAAGGGGGCGGGGCAACUCGGCGACGGAGGCGCGCUCCCGAUCAACGGCCCCGCGCCGGGGAACGAGCAUGCACGCGCACGACUGCCCUCAUCCACCCACGGGCACGCGCACCCUCCCUUUCUCCUCCCCCUCCCUCUCCGUGUCCCCCUCUCCCACCGUCCCUCGUUCACCCACAGAUAUACAACACACACAUCCUCCUUCAUCCUCCCAUGGACGCACAACACGCGCAGCCCAAGGCCUUCAUCCACUUCCCCCCAGGAGAGAGGCUCGAGAGGGAGAGAGCUGUUGGAGAGCCCUAGUCUGGCACAGGGGGUCAUCCAACACCAUGAGGAUUGUCAGUCCGGAGGUCGUAUGGUGUGGGGAAAGAGCCUUGGAUUUGGUGUCCUCGGACCUGAGUUCAGAUUCCACAAAGACCCGCGUGGCCAGAGGCAAGGCACUUCAGGGCUCUGGGCCUGGCCUUUAAGAUGAGGGGGUUGGACCAGGUGCAUUCUUCGGUCCCCUAUCUCUGAUCGUUCUGUGCCUCUGUCCAACCUUUAAUAAUCAAGUAAGAUUAAAUAUUAUACCCAAUCCCCACCCCCGUACAUAUAGAAAGAGAGGGCUGGACCAGGUGGAUUCAGUAUCCAUCCAACCUUUAAUAAUCAAGUAAGAUGAAAUUUAUCACACCCCACCCCACCCCCAUACACACAUAUCUCCCUUUGCCCAUCCUUCUCUUACGGUUGUGAGGCAGAAAGCAAAAAAUAUGUCCAGAAAGCCCUAGGAAGUCAGAGAGGGGCCAAGAACAAUCCCAGAAAGUGUCUCCAGGCUUGUGUGUUUUUAUGGUUUCUAUGAUGACUCUACCUUGGAGUUUGGAUUUAUUUCAACGACCAUUGUCUGGCCUAGUCUUAAUUUUAACUUUUAGCUUUAGCACUUUUAAUAAGUCAUUGCUCACUGUAUGACUACAACCAUUGACUUAAACACUGUUUAUGAUAAUAUCUGAGGCAGGUGGAAGGAAGGAAAAUGUGUUAUUGUUGGGAGGCGGCGGGUGCCUCAGUGGAUAAGAGCACUGGGCCUGGAGACAGGACAGAACUCAGGUUCAAAUCCAGUCAA